AUGACCUCAUCCAAUAGAGCUUUCUAUCGCUCAUCUGCAGCGUCCUCCAGAUCGACCUCGCCCUCCCCUCCUCCGCUCUUCCCUGGCAUGAUCCACCCCCAGGACCCACCACCGUAUUCGAGGAAGAGCAACCACCCCACCAACGGAAACAUGCACCCAUACUCUACCUCCGCCCCCAAUGGCCACUCCCUCAGCAGCAGUAACUUUUAUUCCUCCUCCAACUCCAAUGCCUCCGUCCGCCCCUCGACCUUCGCUUCCGUCGCCGCCACUGCCGCAGCCCUUGUCAGUGGCGUACGAGGAAGCAAGAGCAGUAAUAACAACGCCAGUCUCGGCAGUGAGAUCAACCCCUCUAGUCCGCACUUUCCGUCCUCGAGACACCUCCGUUCGCUCAGUAACAGCAGCACCCAGAGCGACCUACCCUCGGCACUUGUUGACAAACAGUUCGUUUACUAUCCAGCUUCAUCUUCGGCCUCGUCAAGGCUUCGGUCUAUACAAAAAAGACUUUUUUCUAGGCAGGCCCUCGUCUACAUGCUGAUUCUGGGCCUGAUCGCCUUCUUCUCCAUUGUCUAUCUGCAACCGUCCGUCUCUUUCUGGAAAAGUCGCCAUCCCACCGAUGCUCCACACCAUGUCAACAACCACGAUAGGUACAGAUACGAUUUUGAUUAUCCAUUGGACAAAAGCAGGCAGCAGACCCAGGAGUUGGAGCGGCAAAAAGCUCUGGAGCGAGAGGCCCAGCUUAGGAAGGAUCAUGAGGGUGCGAAUGCCUAUCCAGAAUGGCAGUCGGGCAAAGGAACACCCAGUCAAUCGGAUAAAAAUGAGGGCGAGGAUUUUGGUAGUUCCCAUGGAUAUGGGUCCAACUCCGACAGCAGGGAAGAGGUCCCAUUCAGGACAGGGGAUGCAAUUGAUCCCGAGUCCAUUGUGCUUUACCGCAUCCUCGGCAAUGACCUUCCUCCCCGUCACCGCCCUGGCCAAACCCUCUCGAAUGUGCGAUUUAUUCUCGAACAUGAGCCCGAAUUCAACAAGACACGGAAGCUGUGGGUCUUGAACAGGAUCGUAGACCCUCACGCAGAGGCCGCUAUCAUUCAGCUGCUCGAUCACCAUCGUCAGGAAUACAUUCAAAUCCCGUUCGAGGAAAAGGAGUAUUUGAAGCAGGAUUUUCGGCUCGAGGACUUUCCAGAACCCGACUUUUUCUCUUCGGACGAUUACUCGACUUUUUCUAAAGUGGCCAAGCUGAGGGUACUGGACUAUACCUACCAUGACAAGAACCGAUAUGCUAUGAACAAUAAUGGUGGUCGAAAUGUGGCUAUUUUGCACGGCAAGACUAAGGUGGAUGCCCGAUGGAUUUUCGCCUUUGACGGAAACUCCUUUCUAACCAAGAACGCCAUGGCGGAAAUCAAACUGGCGAUUCAAAUGCAUGGCGACGCUAUCAAGUACUUUGUGGUGCCCAUGGCUAGACUGGUCGACAACUCACAGCUGCUGAAGGGCGUCGACACUCGACCUAACUCCAAGGAAGAGCCUCAGAUCAUUUUCAGGAACGAUGCGGAGGAUGUAUACAAUCCUAACAUGCGAUACGGUCGUCGAUCUAAGCUCGAAUUGUUAUGGCGAUUGGGGGCUCUGGAGCGUAGCAAGAUUAGCAAGCCGUCGGUAUCGUGGGAACCUAAAGAGCGUGAGCCCAUCCCCGAUAAGGCCGACUACAGGACUGUCGGAUGGGUCUUCCGUCUCUUCUCUGGAAAGCGAUCACAAGAAGAAAACACUCGCCAGUCAGCCGCCAUCCGUGCCUACAAUCGACUGCUUGCCAUUCAGGAUCUUAUCGAUGGCAUUGACGAGAGGAUCGCCCGUAAGACCUUCCGAUCGAACGACCUCCUUGUCUACAAGGACAGUGUGCUCAGGGCCAACCGACAAAAGUACUGGGUCGGCGAACCCGGUGUGGCCACGAUGGUCCAAGAGUUGCAGUCUAAGGCGUGCCAUGUCCUGUCCCGGCGUGCCAACCUCUUGAAGAAGGCUUCUGCGGAGGAUUUGAUCAUUUUCCCUGCCGAUGCUCAAGGAAAACCUAUUAUCCCUCCCUCCUCUCCCCUUACCGUCAGUGAGGAUGGCUCGUCCAAGGUCAUUACAUUGCAGGGCUUGUAUAACGAGGUCACCACACUGACGCUGGCCCAUUAUUUUACUGGCAAUGAAACAUUUGCCCGUGCCGCUGCUAACAUUGUUCGGACGACAUUGCUUCAGGAGAAUGAUCAACAUGUCGCGGUACACCCUACGGCUGAGGAUACUGGAUAUUUGCUAGACCACGGUUAUUCAUUCCCGGCUCUGAACCGCCUGCCAAGGGUCAUUCCCAAGAAGGAAGGUGUGCUUAACGCGCGCCCGCUGCUCACGAUCCCCAAGGACUUGUUGACUGCGGAUACGAUGCCCUCGUUCCUGGAUGCGGUCCGAAUGCUUCAUAGGAUUCAUGUGCUGACUCAGAACGAGUACAUUCAACUGACACUCGUCUUUUCGACCUGGCUGGAACAUCUUGUAAACUCACCCGAAGGAAUUUUGUACGCAAAGCAAGGCGAUCACCGCUCCUCCUUCAUGGAUCUGCACGUGGCGGCCUUGGCAGCUGUCACGGAUGAUGUUCGUCUAUUCUUGCGAGUGGUCAAUCGUUGCCGCAUGAGGGUUGGUCGUCAGUUCAUGGUGGUCCAGGACGGAAAGAUCAAAAUGCCGUUUGAGAGCGCCUACGCGACUAGACAGUCAAUGGCUGGCCUCUUGCAGCCUGGAGGUGCAGCAGCCGAUGUCUCUGGACAGGAACUCGCCGGCAUGUAUAUCGACGAGGAGAAUGAUGAUCUAGAUCUGAGCCUCGACCAAUCCAUCAGCCGUCCGCGAGACCUCGGCGCGAUGAUGAAGGAUUCUGUGAUGUCGAAUAAAGGCGUUAAUCCCGGCUACGAGAGUCAGGCGGAGCCUUCGGAAGAAGAGGAUGAAUUCCAGCGAAAGAAACCAGGCAUGGAUUCUUCAGUUCUUGAUCUCAACGAUGACGAAGAUGACGGUGCCUCCUUUAUGACUCCGCAGCAGCAACAGCAACAACAACAGCGACAACAGCAACUGCAGGAAAAUCUUGUUGCAUCGUCGACACCACCUUUGGUCCCCGAUGGAGCCGCAGAACCCAUGUACACCGUCUCGGAGCUGACAGAGAGAUAUUCGGCACUUAACCUGCAGUACUGGACGCUUUUGACGCGGAUGGUCGACAAUGCUGGUAUGGCUUCGGCUCCGGACCUGUGGAGACAUCGCUCAAAGCGGGGCUACCGUCUAGGAGACAUUGUUCGCAACUAUGUUCGCCAGGACCAUUAUCGAUCCUCAGGAUUACGCAAGGCGACUAUGGACGCUCUCCUGUAUACUGCCCGCACCAACUUUGACCAUGUUCCGCCCAGGGUCCUGCUUACACACGAAGGUUCUGGACCGUCAUCGACCAAUGGCCGCGAAGAGGGCUACUUGGCCAAGCCGCACAAUCCUGCCAAUGAGGAUGUGCUCGAGUGGGGCGAGCUCGGAUUGGAGGCCAACAUUUUUGAGGCCCUUGCUAGAGACGAAGACGACCUCAAGGACUCUCUCGGAGGCUCAUUGCCUGGUACUGGUGUUCCACCUUUCUGGAUGUUAGGCGUCGUGGAAUAA